UGGGGAAGAGGAGCGAUGGAGGGGCAGGUAGGACUUGCCUUCCUCUAUUUCAAGUCCCUACUUGCCCCCCCCCCGGCACAAAAUGCUUCGUGCACAUGCCUAGUCUUUUAUACCCUUUUGUAAAACUGGCAGAUCUAAUUGCUGAUCCAGGGUACUGUUUACAUUUGGACCAAACAGUAAAUUUUGCAAAUUAUUUUUAAAACAUGAAAAUUUAUUCUGGAACGUAUGAUGACAGAGUAGACUGUUACAUUGAUGGAUCUAAGUAUAGGGCACUUUCCAGAUUAGACUCUGCAAUGAGGUCACAACCUAUCUCUGAAGUGUACUUCCGCACUUACUGUGUUGUGACACCACAGUCCCUACCUACGCUGAUAGCAGGGUGCCGUUCACAUUUACAAUGCCUUGUUUCAGAUUUAAUUGCUGCGAUUUAUUGCUAUAACGUUAUAUGUCCGGUGUAAAAAGGUUGCUGUAUUUUUCGUUUGUUAGUUUUUGUGAGACUGCUCCCCCUGUUGGCACUUUUCUAUUUAUGUUUUGAAUGUGAUUUGCCCGAACCGAAGCAUUUUGCUGCUGUUGAACACAUAACCUGGAAAGCGCCCAGGUGCUGAAUGGAGUAACAGAACAGAUAAAUCUGCAUGAAAAAGAUGUUAUUUCUCUCUUCAUUUUCCUUUCUGGGGGGAAACCCAACAACAAACCCUCCAUGGGGGAAAAUUGGGCUGUCAAAAAGAGAGCCUUUCCCCCAUCUUUGUACUUAAAGCAUGGUUUAAUUAUCUUAAACUUAUUUUCUCUAUAUUCUCAGUGGUACUACUCAGGAGUUACUGAAAUGGACUACUCAAUUUCAAUAGGACUUCCUCUAGUAAAGUUAGGAGUCAGCCACUAUGUUGACAUGAUGAAGGAAGCUAUUGCUGUGUUUUGCCUUUUACUUCGAAUGAAAUACAGUUUGCCAUUGAAAUGCAGGCACCAUUUGGUCCAGGGUAGUGCAUGUUCUAGUAAAUGUCUGCUGCACUAAUGCUACAUCUAUUUUAAGAGACGUUUCGUCAUUGCUGUUGCAGACUCCAACAGGUUAUAGGCAUUGCGCUCUCUCUCUCUCUCUCACCACUAAAGAUAAACAGCUAAGAGCAGAGGCAAGAAGAUUAAUUUGGAGACAUUUUGGCUCAUAAGUCUGCACAGAUGUAACUUGCUCAAGGUUAAUGUAAUUCUGGGGUUUCUAAGGCACUUCAAACACACAUCUUUGUAAGUUUUCAACGUAAUGUUCUUUUAAAUUAUUUUACUAAAAUGCAGAUUACUUUUGUUAAAAAAUGGAAACUUGUAGAUAUGUGUACCAGUUGUGUUCCUUGGAAACAAUGAAAACAACCUUACUUGGACCUCUAUUCUAGAUUGUCUCAAUAAACAUUGUUUUUUGCCUGGAUUAUGAAGACAACACCUCCCCCCGCGAUCGCCUUUACGGAGCUCUAUUUUGACACCUUUACAAAGGCUUAAAAACCAGCCUUGCCAGAUGGAUGUGUGGAAGACAACCCGGAGUAAAAAUCAACUGAAUAUUAUUUUAGAGUCCACUGAUUUUUCAUUUGGGGUGUCCCUGCCUUUUCAAAAUUCUACUGAAUUCUGAACUGAAGCCGAUGUCUUAGAAGAUUUUCCUUUCUGGACAAGGUGUUAUGAAAUGUUCUUCUGAAUAGAAGAAGAAGAAAUGUCCUUCCAAACAUACAGCAGUGAAACAUACAACACUGAGAAGGAUAACUGGAAACCAAGUUAGUCUGUGCCUGGGUUUUUUAAAAAACAUCCAACAAAGAGUUAAUGCAUGUCUCUAGCAGAUACCUGACCUGUAAAAGCUUCAUUACACCUAUCUGGAUGUCACCAGCAUUUCCCAUGUUAACAGUUCUGAGUAUGUUUUACUAUAUUUGCCUUCGGCGCCGAGCCAGGACAGCCUCAAGAGGAGAACUGAUGAAUAAUCGAAGAGCCAUUGAAUCAAACAGAACCUUACCUAUCAAUGUCGAAUUAGUCCAGUAUGCCAAAGAAGUGUUGGAUUUCAGUUCUCAUUAUGGAAGUGAAAACAGCAUGUCAUAUACCAUGUGGAAUUUGGCAGGAACUCCUAAUGUGUACCCUAGCUCUGGUGACUUUACACAGACUGCUGUAUUUAGAACUUAUGGAACUUGGUGGGAAGCAUGUCCUAGUGCUCGAUUACGUUUUACAAGGAUGCCGCCUAAUUUCCAUAGUCAGGAUUAUGUAGAGCUUGCAUUUGAAGAACCUGUUUAUCCUACAGCAAUACAUGUUCUGGAAACAUAUCACCCUGGUGCUGUUGUUAGGAUUUUGGCAUGUUCUGCAAACCCUUAUUCCCAGAAUCUUCCUGCAGAAGUAAGGUGGGAGAUCCUUUGGUCAGAGCCACCUAUCAAGGUGAAUUCACCUCAGGCCCGGCGGUUUGCACCUUCUAUUAAACGUAUAAACUUUCCUACAAACCUAAUUCGUCUAGAAAUAAACAGUUCUCUUCUAGAUUAUUAUACUGAAUUGGAUGCAGUCGUACUACAUGGUGUGAGAGAGAGGCCUGUGCUUUCACUUAAUACUUCAGUGAUUGAUAUGAAUGAUCUGGAUGAUGAUGAAGAUGGAGAGAGAGACAGCUGCUGCAUGGACAGUCUUAAUAAGCAGUUUAGUGCUGCUGCCUUCAGGGACUGGACAACUAAUGGAUACUUUGAUAAAUUGCCUUAUGAGCUCAUCCAGUUGAUCUUGAGUCACCUUACAGUCCCUGAUCUGUGUAGACUUUCUCAAACCUGUAAGCUACUAUAUCAACAUUGCUGUGAUCCCUUACAGUACAUUCACCUUAGUUUGCAACCUUAUUGGGCAAGAAUAAAUGACACCGCUCUGGAAUACCUACAGUCUCGUUGUAUCCUUGUCCAGUGGUUGAAUUUGUCUUGGAUUGGAAACAGAGGAACCAUUUCUGUUUCUGCAUUUAGCAGGUUCCUGAAGGUCUGUGGUUCGGAACUAGUGCGUCUAGAGUUGUCUUGUGGCCAUUUCCUCAACGAGACUUGCUUGGAGGUUAUUGCUGAGACAUGUCUGCAUCUUCAGGAAUUAAAUCUCUCCUCCUGUGAUAAGCUACCACCCCAGGCUUUCAAUCAUGUUGCCAAAUUGUGCAACCUUACUCGUCUAAUUCUUUAUCGAACAAAAGUAGAGCAAACAGCACUGCUCAGCAUUCUGAACUUCUGCUCAGAACUUCAGCACCUCAGCCUGGGUAGUUGUGUAAUGAUUGAAGACUAUGAUACAAUAGCUAGCAUGAUGGGAGCAAAGUGCAAAAAACUCCGUACCCUGGAUUUAUGGCGAUGUAAAAACAUUUCUGAAAAUGGAAUAGCUGAGCUAGCUUCUGGCUGUCCACUGUUGGAGGAGAUUGAUCUUGGCUGGUGCCCUACACUACAGAGCAGCACUGGCUGCUUUGCAAAACUUGCCCGUAAACUCCCAAACUUGCAAAAACUCUUUUUGACAGCCAACAGGUCUGUGUGUGACUCUGACAUAGAAGAACUCGCCACCAACUGUACUAAUCUUCGUCAGCUUGAUAUAUUAGGCACAAGAAUGGUAAGCCCUGCAUCUUUAAGAAAAUUGCUGGAGUCUUGUAAAGAUCUUUCCUUACUUGACGUGUCCUUCUGUUCACAAAUUGAUAAUAGAGUUGUUCUAGAACUGAAUGCCAACUUUCCUAAUGUGCUCAUCAAGAAGAGUUUCACUCAGUGACUCAGUUCAUAUGCCGCUAUAUGGAAUUGAUUUGACAAAUUCUGUUUCCUAUGAUUUUCUGAUGACUUUUUUCAAAGGAAAAAAAUCUGUGAAUAAUGGCGAAAAGUUAACUCUUCUUGACAUUAAGGUUAAAUAUUAAAUCAAAGAUAUAAAUUGUGAUGAGCCAUUAUACCUUGUAAUAUAUCUAGUUACUGUACUUGGCAAGUGGAACUGCAUUUUGAAAUGAAAAGAAUCAUGUAAAUGUAAGGUGGCAUAUAUUUGAAUGCCUAUUAAAAAGCAUUUAGUGCAAUCAGCUACUUGGAUGUUAACAUAAAAAUAAACUUGUAUCACUGACUCAUAGAGAAAUGAAAGUGUAUUUCCAUAUUAAGUUUUAGUAUUGUCCUUUAAGGUGCAAGAUGAGAUUUGGCCACAAUUGGAACUUGAGAACAUAAUUUGAGAUAUUAAAAGUGCAAAGAAAAAUGAAUAUCAAUUUUCUUCUAUUAAUAAAAACUUGAUAUGUCCUUUAAAACUGAAUGCAUGGUAGCAGAUUUGCCAUUUCCAAUAAAUGAAAUACAAUUUGGUUUUCCACUGUAAAUAUGAAAUUCUGCAACAGGAUAUUGUAACAGACAAAGAAAGAUAACUUCCUCUGCUGAAACCUAGGCCAAAUGUUUGUAUCUUCACUCUUCUGUGAUGAUGUAAUAGAAAAUGUGUGGCAUGACAUGCACAAUUGGGAGUUGGAGAAUUCUUAGCAUUGUGAUGCCAUGUCACAUGUGCUGUAUUGUUAGAUAUCAGCUGGUGAGAGAGGGAAAGAAAAGCAGUGCUGCUUUUUUGGUAGUAGCCAUAUGUCUCUCAUCACUUUUAAACUGAUUCUUGAUGCAAAAUACAAAAUUGAUUUAGGGUGUUUACAGCCCUAAUAAUCAAACUUCUUGGAAAUUCCUUUUGCAUCAAGUAUGUGUGACCAGAUUUCAUGGAUAUGAGGAGAGGAGAGCUGGUCUUGUGGUAGCAAGCAUGACUUGUCCCUUUAGCUAAGCAGGGUCUGCCCUAGUUGCAUAUGAAAGGGAGACUAGACGUGUUAGCACUAUGAGAUCUUCCCCUCAGGGGAUGGAGCCACUCUGGGAAGAGCAGAAGGUUCCAAGUUCCCUCCCUGGCUCCUCCAAGAUAGGGCUGAGAGAGAUUCCUGCCUGCAACCUUGGAGAAGCCACUGCCAGUCCGUGAAGACAAUACUGAACUAGAUAGACCAAUGGUCUGACUCGGUAUAUGGCAGCUUCCUAUGUUCCUAUGAUAUAUCAGAUCCUUUCUUUCCUUACCAGAUUUAAUGCAAAAGAAACUCAAAAAUGGUUUUUAUUGUUAUAAUCUAAAGAAAGCACAAAGUAUAUCACCCUUGAUGGAUCAGGGGAAUUUUUUUUAAAUAUGGAGCAUAUGCAAAACUAUUGAACUUUGAACUUAAAGUUCAAUUAACAAAACAGUAAAAUAUGGCCUUUCUUUAUACGGUAUAGUGAUAGCUAAUCAUUCAUGACAUUGUAAAUCAUCUUAUACUUACCAUAAACUAUGCUUUUAUUCAAAAUCUUUUUUAAAAAAUAAAGCUUUGCAAUAUGUACAUUUAUUUAAACAUGCCUGUCUGGCUUUGGCCAGUAACUCAAAUCUUUAACCACUUGUCUGUAGUGAUGACACUGUCUCUCAUGAUUCAAGAUAACUGCAGAGUUUACAUACAUACAUACAAGCCCUACCAAAUGAUUUAACAUACCUACAAGCCCCAUUGUGGACCUACUCAUAAUGGUCCUGUCACUGGAUCUUCCUGCACCUAAACUUACCCUUUUGAUUGGUGUGGGAAGUUUGGCAUUAGGAAGACCUUACAGCAGUAGAGUGUCAGUCUUAUUUUGUCUUUUGAGGCUGGAAACCCUGGGGCUCAGUGGGUUGAGCCAGGAAGGAAAAUAGUUCUCAGGGUCUUAACAGCAAUAGUUGCUUUUAAGCAUGCUUGGUAGUCUCCAUUGCUUCUGGAAAGUCUGGGAACGUAAGUACAAAGCCAUCACCUGCCCUCCUUGCUGCUGGCUUUCCUCUCUUACCACAAAGUACAUUUGGGAAAGGAACCAGUGACGGGAAGCUGGUGACCUUAAGUUUUUUCCAGGCUUCCUCAGCAAAAGAUUGAAGAAGAGCAACACAUUCAGAAAAUUUUGCAAGAAAGCUCAUAAAGAGAUGCUGACAUGAUGUGGAAUGUCCAUAUUGUUGGAGAUAAUGGCUAUAGCAUCAGACAAGCACUGUUGAGCAAUUUUAUAUAGUAGCGCAAAAGUGCUCUUGUGCAACAGUGUCAGCAUUGUUUUAGAUGCCUGCAGCAACAUAGGCAGUGCAGAACUGUCCACAGUAUGUUAAGCAUCAUGCCAGCCGAAGCCAAUUGCCAUGCAAGUUGAGUAGCACACCCAUUACUAGUUGUCAGUCCUACUUAUACAUGUGCUUUUCAGUGCACUAACAUGACAAUAUUUCUGUAGACACUUUACCAGAACGUGUUUAGAUUGCAUGCAGACUUUCAGAUUUUAAAAUGAAUCAUAAUAAAUAAUAAUACUUCUCUCUAGACCUUUUUCUUAUUGUGCAAAAUAAAACAGAGGGAAUUACAACAAAAACAGAUGUUUCAACGUAUGUACGUCAGCUUCAGUGUUCUAUAUCCCACUGUUUUGAAUCCACACUUAUAUCCAAGACAUUACCCCCAAUCUUUACCCCCAAGACUUUAUCCCCAAUCGAACGAACAAACAAUCUAAUUAAACACUUGGCUAAUACAUAACAAAUGGGGGAGGAGAGAGGAGGAGAAGGUUGAUGACUCACAGCUAUGCCUGGUUAUUGCUGACACUGAGAGAGAAAAAACCUGGAAGCAGGGGCAUAUCUAAGGUAGGGCAGGCAGGGCAUGUGCUCCGGGCGCAACUUGAAGGGGGCGCGCCAUUUUUAAAAUGAAAUUUUUUUUUAAAUGGUUGCCAAAAACAAAAUGGCCACUGCACAAGCUCAAAUGGUCUCUGUGAGGCCCUAGGCCAUGCCAGGCCUCGCAGAGGCCAUUUGAGCAUACACAAUGGACAUUUUGUUUUCAGCAGCCAUUUUUUAAAAAGAAAAUUUAUUUUAAAAAAUGGCCUCCGCACAUGCUCAAAUGGUCCCUGCAAGGCCCUAGAGGGGGGACCUUUGCAGAUUCCCCCACAGCCUUUAGGAAGCCUCCCAAAGCGGCUACAGGUAAUUGUGUGUGUGUGUGUGAGAGAGAGAGAGAGAGAGAGAGAGAGACUGUACACAUAUUUAGUUUGGCACUAUGUACAGAGAAUCAGGGCUUGUGAAUACUGAGCUGAAGCUUAUGAGCUAGGAUUGUAUUCAUUUGCUCUUACUUUGCUUCUUGUGAUAAGUGAGUUAAAUGUGAUGUCUUAAUAAUAUGAAUAUUAAUGGUGAGUUUGUCUUUGGAUCAGUGUGAAAUCCUUAGUAUUAAGGCCCACUGGGAGUUUCUUGCUCUCUUUCUCUCAUUUUAACUGUCUUUCUGAAAGACUAGAAUCUAUUCCAAGCAGUGACACAGUUUACUCUGCAUAUCCUUUAAUUAUUUUCAGAGUAUCUGGGAAAAGUCAAAUUCUCCAUUGAUUUUUAAAACUUAUGUAAUAGUGAUGCUAGUAGAUACAUAGUAGAGAAUUAGACAGACUCUUGUGUUUAGUUUUCCAAGUACACCUCCACAUAGUAUUUGGGUAUUUCAUGAGCCCCAGCAUACUGAAAUUUGUAGUUUUCCAGCAUUUUUUGGUCUGGCUACGUCCACUGCUAAAUAGUUUUUGAAACAUUAAAAGAUUAAUGAGCUUGACUUGUAUUUUUCAGCUGAUAUUAUGGUAAAGUUAUCUGAAAGAUGGGUGUCAGAUGUUUGGACAGGGGGUGCAAUUUCAGUGCUUGCCCUAGGCGCUAUUUUCCCUAGAUACGCCUCUGCCUGGAAGAGGGAGGGUAUGACAAAAAAUGUUAUUUGCACCCUUUAAUGGCCUAUGUACUUUAAGAUUUCCCUCAUUUCUUCUUUGCCAUUAACGUCUGGCUGUAGUUUAUCCAAAUAUAAUGCUUCCCUUAUCUUCCUUGGAUAUAAGUGUGGAUUAGAUCCACAGUAAAGUGUUUUGAUUACAAAUUGCUUUUUCUCUGAUGUUAUUUUUAAAAUUAACUUCAGAUUGCUGCUUUUAAAUAUUUAGAAGGGAAGGUGGAUUGUCCUGAUGGAUACAUUCCAGGAUUCUGCUUUUUGCAUUUCCUUAGAUUAAAAGCCUUUAAAAUAUAUUGAUAUAUUUGCUAAUGUGAGCUUAGUAUUUAAUGUCGUGGCUGACCUGUACAGCUUAAAAGCAGUGUGGGAGGUUCUUAAUCACUCACGUUAAGCUGUGCAGCAUGUCAGCAGUGAUCAUAUGGAUUCAGUGACUGACAUCCUGACUAACGGAGUGCUUGUAGAAGGAUGUGCUUAUGUAAAGUUGUUGUGCUAGUUACUUGUGCUAAGUAUGGAGUUUGCAUUCCAGACUGGUGUUCUACUAAUGCAAGUAUGUUAGCACAACUGUUGUGCAACCUAUGGCACUCCUUAUUUGUGUUAAAUGGAACUUUUGCACAAGAGCACAAUAAUGCAAUUCCAAACAAUUUUUAACACAGCUAUGUGUUCUUGCACUGGCACAACUUUGCUGAUUACUCAAGUACUUUGUUAGGAUAUCAGCCAGUAUCCUUUAUGUACAUCCAGUGAGUACAUUUGGAUUAAUAGCAAAAAAGGGAAUAAUCCAGAGAACGUUAUGCAAUCCCAUUGAAAUCUAUAGAAUCUAACCACAAUUAUGCAGUGGCAUGCCUUUAUUUCAGUGGAUUACAUUUUGUGCAGCAAACCACCAGUCCAAGUGAGAGGUGCGGUCACUGCUUCCACACCACUCUACAGCCUGCCCACACUGCUUCUGAAGACAGAGAGGCUCUUUGUCAACUGAGUGUGUCAGUGCACUGACGAUGGUACUUCCAAUGGGAAUAAUAAACUGUCAUGCUAGUUUCCUCCAUUUAACGUUUCUUUCAUGGCACUGAAGAUAAUGUAGGGCUGCUUAGCACAUGAACCCACCCACUCCGCCUCCAUGAGGUCAGGUAUGUGAGUACAUGGUAAUGUGUACUGUAUUGAGGAGAAAUGUUAGUGACAUUCAAGACAUACUUCGAAAUGGCUGCAGUGAUUUUUGCUAUCAUAGUGGCUGGAGAACUUACUGCUGCAAUCAUGGGAAUGGUUGUCAGCCAUUUUUAUGUACUGUUGUGUUCACACUAAAGUUUCUCCAUGUGCUGGUGUCAUAGGGAUACAAUAAAUAGGGUAUGAAUGUGUGUACCACUCCUUAAAUAUAUCUAAAUAUGAACAUUCUACUUUGCUGACAGAUUGCUAUCCUACACAUUUGUUUUAUAAAAUUAUGUUUACUUUAAAGUUGUUUUCAAAUGUGUGUUUUAUAAAUAAUAUGCAUAUUGAAUGCAAUUAAGGAUUAUAUUUGUACAUAUUUGUUACAGAAGAGUGCUCCUUUGGACAAUGUAUGUUUACAAAUUCAAUAAUUGGCUCAGGGUGUGCACAGUCGUGUUUUAUUUAAACAAAAAUAUAUUGAUAUAUCUAAUUUGUAAAUAGAAUGUUAUUUGUUAUGGGUAUAGUGGAUAAUGUGUGCCUUUUAUUUUUUACAAUCAGUUGUAGAACAUCUAAACACACUUUUGCAGAUGCUGAGUGUCACUGAAAUCAAUGAAGAAAAUGUGUUUGGCUUAUGGUGUAAGUGUCUUUGUUUACAUGCCAAAACAACACAUUAUUCUUUUUACAAAAAUUAAACCAGAGUCACAAACUG